AUGUCCGCCCAUCAGUCGGCUAGUCUCCUCGGCGCCAUCGAAAAGGAGCAAUGGUACCACGGGUUGCUUCCCCGCGAGGACAUCAAAGUGAGCAAAAUGUCAAUUCCUUGAAAAUUCGGAGCUCCGUAGCCCGGCUGAAGUGCAAAAACUAGGAAACAAUUUUUACCUUCCCCCUCUGGUUGAUUCCCUGAACGGGGUUUUUUUCCAUCAUUUGGGCUCUGAAAUGCGUCGGCUGGAUCUCAACCCGGGGUGCGGCCCCCUCAAACUGCGCCUCCCCGCCCCUCAAAAUGCGCUUCCCCCUCAAACUGCGCUUCCCCUUCCCUCCAAAAAAAGUGUGUAGCUCCCAGUUUUCGAAUGGAUAUCAGUCUCUUGAUUACUCAUUGAAAGAAGCAUGAAAUUUUCCACAGACGAUGCUCCGUAACAACGGCGACUUCCUCGUGCGGACCACGGAGCCGGUCACCGGCUCGCCACGUCAAUACGUCCUGUCGGUCAUGUUCAACAAGGACCUUGACGAUAACCAAUCCGUCAGUCCUUUUUAGAUAUUUUAAGCUCUUUUUGUGGUCUCAGGCUUUUCAAAUCUAGAAGUUUUUUAUUCGAGAUAAGGCUAAAAAAGAUUUUAUGUGCAGAUUUUUCUGCAGCUGAAACUUUAAAAUUACUUUUUUCGGCGAUUUCUGCUUGACUAGACUUUUGAUAAAUAGCUUUGAAUAUUUUUUCUCAAUUUACUAUAGCCGUUCUGCUAGAGCUACAUAUAUCGAGGGUUCUUUUCUUUUUUUUUAGUUGGAAUCAUGAAGAUAGGCUUGAAUUAUCAAUGGAGCGCAGAAGCUCAGUCUUAAAUUUUUUUUUUGGCUGUUUGGGAUAGAUUAUUGCGACUUUUGAAAGAUGCAAAGUUAACGGAAGACAGUUUUCAUGCUGAUUUCGAAUUCGAGCUCAAAAUUAGAUUACGGAAAAAAAAGUACACAACUCUUGAGUCCCUGGAGCUAUUAUCAAUUUUUUUGACUUUUUUUCAUUUCUCGUUAUGUUUACCUUUUGAGAAAAAAACACUGAAAAAAACUAUUUUUUUGAAUAUUAAAACUCCUAUAAUUCCUUUGAAGGGCUUACUAGAAAGUUUCUGAGUUCAUUUUCGGAAUCAGCGUAAAAAAUGAGUUUAGUCUGGAAAAAUUUCAAAACCCUGUGAGCUGGGAUUAAUAUCUGGUCAGUAAGAUAACUUGAAAGCUCUAUAGAAUAGAUUUCGAACUCAGAUUUUUUUUUCAGGAACAUUUUGGCAUAUAAAAAGACGAAAAUGUAGUUAUUACAGAUCAAACACUUCGUGAUCAAUCACCACAACAGCAAGUAUUCGAUAGAAAAGUAUUCUUUCGACAGCAUCUCACAAAUGAUCGAGCAUCACUUGACCACCAAGGAAAGCAUUGCAAAAGUAUCGCCUCCCCCGGGAGAGAAACUCGAAGAAUAACUUUUUGAAGACGUCCGACGUGAUGAUCAAAUCGCCGGUGAAUCGACAACCCUGGGAACUCGACCACGAUCAGAUCAAAGUCGAGAAAAAGGUUUUGAACGUUUUUCAGGGGAACUUUGAUAGCAGCAGUUUCAAAAAGAGCUUGACAAAAUCUGAAAAAAUUGCUUCACUGGGAAAAUUUUCAGUGGCCACUAUAGAGGCUCGUCAAAGACUACUUGAAGAGGACAUUAAAGUGGCCAAACCCACCUCUAUAGUGGCCACCAUUUUCCGUUUUAGUGGUCACUAUAGAGGUUCUCUAUUUAGUGGCCCCUUCAGUACUUUUUCAUCCAGUAUUCCUUCCAGUAACUCUGAUAAUUUUAAAACAAACAUAUUGAAGCAGUUAUGUUGAUCCAUUGACCCCUAAAGAGGCCACUAAAAUUUUUAGUGGUCUAGUAAUAGCACUUAGACCUCUACAGUGGCCAUCAAUUUUUAACCCCUUAAGUGGCCACUAAUUUGACUACUACAGUGGCCACUAAAACGUAAAAACCCUAUAGUGGCCUCUAAAAGUUUUCCCAGCACUUACAUGAUCAAAAAAAAACUUGCCUUUCAAUGCCAAAGUCGGGAAAAGGGAGUGAAUGCAAAAUGGCCUUCAAAAGGGUUCCGUUUUGCGGUCUUUCUGAGCCUUUCUUUCUUUGUGGGCUAAAAAAGCUUGAAAAAAGGUGCUGCAAGUCUCGACCAUUCAUGACUUCCGAUUUCAUUACUGUAGCACAUUUUGGUUCAUACACAAUCACUGCUAAAUAAUAUAAAUAACUUAAAACAUGUAUUGUUUCUCAAAAGGGUCCAAAAAGGGUCGAUAAAGGCCGAUGAAAGGACGGAAAUAAAGGCAGUUAAAAGGAAACCGUUGCAACCCGUUUUGGAACAUUUAGUGGAAACCUUUUGAUUCAUAACGGACGCUCGAAGGGCCCGUGAAGGAUUCUUCCGGCUUCUCCUAUGAUUUUAAGGUCAAGAUAAUAUUUCUCUGCUAGCUUAAAGGACCACUUUGAAAAAAGAGUUUCAAAAAAUUAGAAGAAAACAAACUUCGGCUUCGAAAAAAAAAAAUACUUUUAAAAGAGAAAGUUUCUUUGCGUUCCAUGAACAGUAGAAAAAGUUUAUGAAUUUGAUAACUUGAAUUUAUUCCUUAAAGGCAUAGGGGCAGUAAAAAAUGGGGUUUCAGGUGAAAGCAGUAUCUUAAAUAGUUUUUCUUUGCGAAUCCAACGGUGUACUCAAAAAAAUUACAGAUGUGACAACUUUAGAAGAAAAACUCGAUUUCACGUUCCCGCCUUUUAAUUUGAAAAAAAGCUUUGGAUCCGUAUGCAGACAACUGUUUACAGUAGCCGUGCUCGCGAUGUUGCGGACGUCUCAUUAGACUCGCAUUUUGUGAGAAAUAACCGGCUAUCUGCUUCAAAUUAAGGGUUUCUUCUCUGAAAAAACAUUUAGUCAAACAAAAAACAUACUGCGAUAAUAAAGAAAACACAAAAUAUUGCUAUCCCAAUCGAAAUUUGUGUAAAAUCAUCAUUUUUCACCAAAGAAGCAUUUUUGCGACCAAAGUUUGCAAAUUAUACAUGAAUAGAAAGCUUUUGUGACGGAAAGAACUUUGGUGACAACAGAAAAAAUUGAAAUUUGAAAGAAACGAAGAAAAAAGCGGAAAUCCGAAAAAAUGGCAAACCCUGUUGUCCAUAGAGCAACUUUACUGCAAAGCGCCUUUUUCAACUCACUUUCUACUAUCCGACUUUGAAUUAUUUUUACUCCAAAACUAAGAAAUUCGAUACACUUUCAAGUUCACCGUUCGAUUCGCAAUAAAAAGCUCUACAAAAUACUAUUUUGGACUGAAACACCGUUUUUUACUGCCCCUAUGCCUUUAAAAACUGUUCUUGAAGCCCAAAAUCCAAAAGAAAUCAUCUGAAAAUGCUUUUUUUUUCUAGCUUGGCGAAGGCGCAUUUGGCGAAGUGAGCAUGGGCACAUUGCGUUUCAAGGUUUCGAAGAAAACCUGUCAGGUUGCUAUCAAAUUGGUCCGUUUUAUCUUCGAUCAAUCAUUUUUCAAAUUGACAAAGGAGUUACAAAUGAAUAUACUUUAAAAAUUUUGAAAAAAAUCGCUUUCCGAUCAAGUUAUGUUGUCUUAAAACGCAAAAGAGGGUUCUUUACAUAGUUUUAUGGAUAGGGAGCUAAAAAUCGGCUCAAGAUCAAAGAAUAUAGGAGUAACAAGGGAAAAUUUUGAACUGAAAACAUUGGGAUGACCUGACGAGGAGGCGGUUCGAGAGUUUAAAAAAGUUUCAGAGAUUCCUUCAGAAUUAGAUAGAUUAGUAACCCCCUAGAUGUCAGAAAUGAGUCGAGCUGUUUAUCUAGGCAAAGCUGGAGAAGCUGACGAAGGAUCAAAUAAAAGAAAUCAUGCGAGAGGCGCGCAUGAUGCGCAACUUUGACCAUCCCAACGUGGUCCGUUUCUACGGGGUCGCCGCGGGACAAGAGCCCUUGAUGGUGGUGAUGGAACUGGCCAGCAACGGGGCCCUCGACUCGUACCUCUCCAAGAACGAGCUGCCCAUCGAGAAGAAGACGGAGAUGAUCUUGCAGGUUUGAUCAUAGCGGGGAAAAUAAUAUUGAGAUACAAAUGAUCUACAAACGGUUUUAUGACUGGAGAUUCUAAAAAUUUCUGAUAAGGCCACAAAAAUUGCCAGUGCAGAGACUGGCUAAAAUUUUCGAAAUUUGAUAAUAGGCGACCGUCAGAGUGGCCCCUCGAGGGGAAACCUUAGGAACCCUUGAAUCUUCCCCUCUGCAGACCACCACACGUUACCCUAAAGGGGCCACUACAACUUGCAAAAGGGGCCCCUGUAGGGGACCCUUGAGUGUUCUCCUUCAGGGACGACUUACCAGCAGCUUUCAAAAGUGGUCCCUUUAGGGGCAAGCCUUAGGCACCCUUGAAUGUUCCCCUCUAGAGACCACAGUACCUUCCCCUAUAGGGGCACUACAACUUGCAAAGUGGUCACUACAGGGACAACCUUGAGCACCCUUGAGUGUUCCCCUCUAGAGACCACCUUACCUUCCCUUUUAGGGGACACUACAGCUUGCAAAAGUGAUCACUAUGGGGCUUCAGUUAGUGGCCACUCUAGGGGAGCAGGCUACUUGUUUGUUUUUCAUGAACCAAGAAGUAUUUUCCAGCUCAAUAAUUUAACUUUUUCCGAAUCGAUAAAGUUCUUCUUUUUAAUUUUCAAGUCUGAACAAAAAAAAACCAAAAGACCCAAUAGGGACCACUUAAGUUGGGAUUCAGACCCUUAACCUCUAUAGGGAUCACUUUAGCGUUCCUAAAUCAUCGAGUUUUUCGAUUUUUCAUGAUUAUCUUUUCAGGCGGCUUGGGGUCUCGAGUACUUACACGCGAAAUUAGUCCUCCAUCGCGAUAUUGCCGCAAGAAACUGUCUCUAUGGCGAUGGAAAAGUUAGUUUUCCAUAUAUCUGUUAUCAUCAAAAAAUUGCGGUGACCAGGUGAAAAUAUCGGACUUUGGGCUGUCGCGCGAAGGAACCGUUUAUCAGAUGGACCCCAAUCGACGUGUACCGAUCCGUUGGCUCGCCAUCGAAACACUCAAAACACAGAUCUACUCGCAGAAAACGGAUGUGUGGAGCUACGGUAGAGUUUGUAUAAUUAAAAAAAAAAUGAAGUUAAUUGAGUACCUGAAACAAAAAGCUUAUUUUUCUUCUUCCUACGCCUUUGUACCGCUUGACUCGGCGCCCCAAGCCGAGGUCCUAUCCUGAUAAUCAGUGGACUGGCUCGAGUGACAUAUCCGUCCUUGUGUGUGACGGCUGGGGAUUUUGAAGUCGUGGUUUCCCACUACCAACAUUUCUUAAACCCCUUGGUUGGGUCGAGGAGGGGAUCGAACUUGCGACCCUGUGGACCGUAGACAGGCAUAAAACCGGUUGCGCUACGGCGCGCCCCACCUGAAACAAAGAGCGAAGGGUCGAGUUAUGAAAAGGAGCUGAAUUGAUAGGAAAAAUGCUAGAACUUUACAAUCUUGAAAAUAUAAAAAAAUUCGAAGAGAAGUUGUCGAAUUCGCCAUGAAGUAGAAAUCACUAAUUGACCUUUAAUCAUUCUUACUGAAUCUGGCGGACUUUUUUUAGAUUUCAAUUUGGAACGGUCACUUUUGUUGACCUUAGUUAGGAAUGGCCAAAUUUAUAAUUUCAAAUGAUUGAAAUAAAAUAAAAUUCAAUAAAAAUUCAUUUUUUUCAAACUUUAAGUUUUUUUGAGUUGUCGGAUAUAGAGUCCAUUUUUCCCGACUUGAAAGGGCAAGACUUCUCUGCUCCCUCUUUAUCUCUCGGCGUCUCUCACAUUUUUAUGUGAUGUUUCCAUGUUUCUCUGACCUCGCCGGUGAGGGAACGAGAGACGCAGACAUGCGAAAAAUGGGCUAUAUUAUCUGGAUAAUAAUAAUAACCUCUAAACUUUGAGGUAUCAUGUGCUGGGAGAUCUACAACAAUGGGACCGAGCCGUACCCAGGUAUGACUGUCGCUGAAGUCAACAUGCAGGUGUAAAAAGUUAGAGAAGUAAAAUUAAACAUUUUUUUUUGAGGUUCGAGAAGGUUAUCGCAUGGAACUGCCGCAUAACCUCAACCCGGAAAUCGUCAACAUGAUCAAGGUGAGACAAAAUAUGUCCAUAUGGGUGUAUUACAAAAAUUUUUGUGACGAGUAGUAUCAAAAAAAAAUAGCCGUUAGCCAGACAGCACAAAACACUUGGAAAAAAAAAGACAAAACACAAUAAAAUUGAUAAAAAAUUCGCAAAAGAGCUUGGCUGCAAGUGUGCUCUAUGGCUAAUUGGAAUUUUCCUCGAAUUUCAAUUUUUUUUUUUUAGAAAUUUUUUUUUGGUUUUUAUAAGUCAUCAUGAGGAGGCCUGAAUAGAAAAAUAUAUAUAAUUGUAACCCAGAGAUAAAAUUCACAAAACAGUGUUUUUAAAAAGGUGUCUAAUAUGAGCAAUAAUCACUAAGAAUAACUGACGAGAUAAACGCGAGGUCGGUGGCGGUACAUUGACGAACUCGCGAACAUCUCGCUUUUUUCUAGGCGCGCUCUCGCAUUUCUCUCGGCGCGACCUCGCAUUUUUCUUGGCGCCAUCUCGCAUUUAUCUCGCAUUUCGGAAAUUUUCAAAUUGCGAGAGAAAUGCGAGCUCGCGCCUAGAAAAAUGCGAGCUCGCGCCCAGAAAAAUGCGAGACAGGCGCGAGAAAAAAAGCGAGAUGUUUGCGAGCUCGUCAAUGUACCGCCAGUGUCUCGCGUUUAUCUCGGCAGUUAUUCUUAGUGAAGAGAAUGAAAACAGACAAGAAAGUGACUACUCAAUUUUAACUUCUUUAAGGAAGUUUCCAAUUUUUUUUUCGCUUGUUUUUUCAUUUUAUAAUACGAUCAUCACCACUGCAGCUAAUUCUUCCAAAAUAUGUCGAGAAAAAAUCCAUUUCAAGGUGAAAUGCUGGUCGGAGAACCCGAAUGACCGCCACACCAUGAAAGACAUUGCCAAGUACCUCGAGAUCAAAACGGGCAUCCCGCGGCCAAAUUUCGCGGCAAUCGCAGCAGCCAUGCAGGCUGAGGUUCUCAAUUUCUUCCAUCUGAACAUUUUGAAGACGUUGGUUCAGCUACAAGGCGGCACGGUGAAGACCAAUCGACGGAAGAAGAAAGUAGGCGUUCCAAAGGGCCUUCAGGCGACCGCCUGA